AAUAUAUGUGACUGUACCAGGAAAUUUGACUCACUUCUGUAGUUUGUGAAUUAAGGAAACAUCAACAAAGUAUUUCAUUGGACUUAUCAAUGCAUGCAUAUACUCCUACAUAAAUGAUGAGUCUUACAUUUUAUAUUACUUUCCAGGAAACAGCUCUAAGAUCCCACUAAGAAUAUCUAAAAAGUUUGUUUAAAAAAAAAAAAAAAUUGUUAAGACAGAUGCUAAUACAUACUAUAGUAUACAGAACCCCAACAACUAAAUCUACAGGUGUAUUGUAUUUUUCUCUCUCUGCAAGGAUGGUGUCCCCAGCCAUCGCUCUGGCCUUUAUUCCCCUUGUACUGACACUGCUAAUUAGGUACCGCUACUACUUCGUGCUCUUCUAUCGAGCUGUCCUGGUCAGGAUAUGGAAAGACUGUGUUACUGGUUUGAGCCGGGAGGAGCGUGCAUUUCAGUAUGUUCUCACCCAUUCCACCCCUGGAGACCCUGACAGCAUCCUGGAUGCCUUUGAUUUCUGGUGUAGCAGGGUGGAGUUCAUCAGCAACAUUGGACCAAAAAAAGGAAAAAUCUUGGACCGGCUACUGAUGGAGCAGAGCCCUCUGACAGUCCUGGAGCUUGGUAGCCAUUGUGGAUACAGCACCAUUCGGAUAGCCCGGGCUCUGCCUCUUGGGGGCAGACUGUACAGCAUUGAGAUGGAUGCAAGGAAUGCUGCUAUUGCUGAGAAAAUCAUCCGCCUAGCAGGGUUUGAUGAUGACACAGUGGAGCUCAUUGUGAAUCCGUCUGACGAGGUGAUCCCUCUGCUCCGGUCUGACUACAAUUUGGAGAGGCUGGAUUUGGUCUUCAUGGACCACUGGAAGAAAUGUUACCUGCCUGACCUGCAGAUGCUGGAAGGCUCUGGCCUGCUGGGAAAAGGAUCUGUGAUUUUGGCUGACAAUGUGCUGUUUCCUGGGGCACCAAAGUUCCUCAGAUACAUCCGCAAAAGCGGCUUGUAUGACUGGAAGGUCCACCGAGCCACACUUGAAUAUAGCAAGGGCAUCCGAGAUGGGAUGGCUGAGCUGGUGUACCAGGGAAUUAAGUAGACUGGGUGUCACAUUCUAAAUGAAAUACACAUUUUCAGGGUGGCCGUGGUAUAAUUCAUGUCAUGGCAACUGUUUGGGAAUACUGAGAUGUGCAAAGUCAGCUUCUAGUUUAGAU